AUGCAAACGCCUGCGUAUCCUCCUCUCCCCGACGAUCUCGUGUCGAAGCCCAAGUAUGCAGUGAUCGGAGGGUCUGGAGUGACAGUUGCAGGAGAGGAGAGGUUCUCCUUCAAGACCUCUCUGGGAUGGGAGAAGAGAGUUCUGUUUGUCAAUCGUCAUCUCUGCACGAGCUGGGAUGAGUCGGGGAAGGCGACAUACGCCCCCCCGCACGUCGUCGACUUCCAUGUCAUUCUCUACGGGCUCAAGAAGCUGAACGUCAAAGGUGUCUGUGCCAUCGGGUCGACUGGGUCCCUCCGUCCCAAGACGAGAGUCGUUGAUGUCUCGUUUUCAGCUCCCGUCACCUUCUGGGGAAAGAUUCCCAUGGGCACAUUCCAGCCAUCGGGGGUUGAAGAAGGAAAGAUUCAUUUCGCUCCGGCCUCCAAGGAUGACAGCGAUUGGGUCAACAUGCGUUCGUGGGUUCAGAAGGUUCUCGCUCCUGUUCUGAAAGAGCAUCAAGGAAAGAUCAAGAUGGCUGAGGGACAAGAGGAGAAGAACUGGCCGUCGGUGUUUGGUUGCGAAGUUGGAGUUGACGUGAAGCUCUCUUACGUCCAGACUUGCGGCCCGAGGUUUGAGACCAGAUCUGAGAUCCAGACUUAUGCUACACUGGGGCACAUUGUUGGGAUGACGUGCGCGUCGGAAUGGACACUAGCGCAGGAGCUCUGUCUGCCGUACGUCCUCGUGUGUGCGGUAGACAACAGCGCCAACGGCCUGAGCCUCCACCCCGGGGGUCCCGUGCAGGAAUAUCUGGACCACAAGGGAGACAUCGCUGAGGUCAGGAGAGGAAGAGAGGAGGAGAGGGGGAAGUGGAGGAGAGAUGCUGGAGCAGGAGGAGAAAGUGGAGUCUUGUUCGUCUCCAGUCUCUUCCCGGUGGAGGGUGACGAUCUACAGGCCUGGGAGCUGGAGGGCCCGAUGGAAAAUGGUGAGGAGGGAAAUGACCGAGAGUUGAAGAGUGUGCUUGCUGGAGAUCAAAGAGAUGGUGCAUUCAGCCUCGAUAUCUUGUUGCGAGGAGAGUGUGUUAGAAACAAGAAAGGAAGUAAGGAACAAGUACAAGUGUUGAUCAGAAAGGAAGCUCAUCAGUUUCUCCUCCUCCUUCCCCGUCAUCUGCGGCAUGCUUCCUGCAUCGGCGACAACGAAUCGACCGGGACGUACCAUGCUCCUGGGGGAGGAUGA